AUGGGUCUCUCGAUCUCCAAGCUCUUCGCCGGCAUCCUCGGCAAGAAGGAGAUGCGCAUCCUCAUGGUCGGUCUCGAUGCCGCCGGCAAGACGACCAUCCUCUACAAGCUCAAGCUCGGCGAGAUCGUGACCACCAUUCCGACAAUCGGCUUCAACGUCGAGACGGUCGAGUACAAGAACAUCUCGUUCACCGUCUGGGACGUCGGAGGCCAGGACAAGAUUCGCCCGCUCUGGAGGCACUACUUCCAGAACACGCAGGGUAUCAUCUUCGUCGUAGAUUCGAACGACAGGGAACGUAUCUCGGAGGCACGUGAGGAGCUCCAGCGCAUGCUCAACGAGGACGAGCUCCGCGACGCCCUCCUCCUCGUCUUUGCCAACAAGCAGGAUCUGCCCAACGCCAUGAAUGCUUCGGAGAUCACCGAUAAGCUCGGCCUCCAGGGUCUCCGCCAGCGGACGUGGUACAUCCAGGCCGCGUGCGCGACGAGCGGCGAUGGUCUCUACGAGGGCCUCGAGUGGCUCUCGGCCAACAUCAAGCGGCGGGUACUCGCCGAGUCGCCGACCUGGAGGGUUGGACCUGCUUGUGCCGAUGCAACUAUAUAUGCCUUGUCUGGGCCCAUCAUAAGCCGGGUACUCCUGCCCGUACGCUGUCGACUUCGUAAUCCGCGGACCGGGAAGCUCGAGCCUGCUCUUGUGGUGGAAGAGGUCACUUUUACGGCGUUUUAUCCCACUCCCGCGUCUUCGCGUACAACACACAAGAAGGGAUUGGAUUGGCUCGCAAGACCUUUGAAAGAUACCAUAGAUGGAUAUUCGCAUUUCACUAAUAUUCCAAAGUCGAUCUUCUGGAUAGCCGUUCUCCUGUACGGUCGCCAUCUUGAGAUCCCGGUUCAUGAAAAUUCCCCUCCAUUACGCCCUUCCAACCCUGAAGACGCAUGGCCUGUGGUCUUAUUCUCGCACGGUAUGGGCUCCAACAACACGACUUACAGUCAGAUGUGUUCUCACAUGGCGUCGUUCGGCAAGGUCGUACUUGCGUUUGAACACCACGAUGGUUCAGGACCGGUGAUGCGCCCUCGCUCAGAUCGCACCGGACGCACGGAAGCACUUUACUUUCUUCAUCCUGAAUACGUCUUUUGGGACGACGGAGAACCGUGCGGACUCGAUCAGGCGUCCCGCUUCAGGCUCCGCGUCGAGCAGAUGGCAAUGCGACGCUUGGAAGUUUAUCUCGGCUUCAGAGCCUUCUCUCAAAUGGUCUCACAAGGUCGCUGUGGCGACCUGGAGGUGCUUGGCGGUACACCCAUACCCAAAACCUGGCUUGUGAAUGGCUGGGUGCGCACCGAAGCGAACGUCUCCAUAGCUGGACACAGUUUCGGCGGAGGCACAGUGAUCGACGUACUGUCUCAUCCCCCUCCCGAAGGCCACGGUCUAUCGCCCAUACCCAUCUCUCACGCACUCGCCCUUGACCCUUGGAUUGACGCCGAGUCGCCAAACCCUCUACCUCAUGCUGCCAUACGUCCAUACGGCUCAGAGCACCCUCAGCUCCUUGUGAUAGCGGCGGAGAAGAUGACUCUGUGGAAGGACCACUUUGGGAAAGUGUUGGACGUCACCAGUGGUUGGAAAGGCUCCGUCGCGAUCAGUAUCGUUGGCUCCAGUCACAUAUCUUUCUCCGACUUUCCCGUCAUGUUACCGAGACCCCUUCGCUCGACGUCCGCGCGCCCAGUGUUGCGGGUGAUCAACGAAAUUUCUCUCGCAUUUCUCGAGGGCAGGCUCACUGAUACGGUAUCCCGGAUGAAGACACGGAAAAUGGAAGUUGUAGAGCGAAAGCGGCCUUGGUAUCACUUCUGGGGACCUAAGCAGUACAAGGCACUACUCGGAGACCCCGGGGACCUCGUCGUCCAUAUGGACCCAGCAUUGAUAGACGGUGAUGAUGCAUAG